GCUUUAUCUAUCGCACAUGUUAUUUUUAACUCAGAUAUUAAUUGUUCAAUUUUGAAUACACCUAAUAAGACUAUAUCGAAUGCUUAUUAUAUUGAGUUUACUAUAACUGUUAUUACAUUGGUAGUAUCUGUACUUAAGUUGGAAUUAG